AUGGUUGAAAAAUUUUCAUAUUUUCUAAAAUCAACAUCGCUUCAUGGAUUGAAAUAUCUCGUUGAUGAGACAAAAAUAGGGUGGAAGAAGAUCUUUGCAAAAAUAUUUUGGUCAUUUUUUAUUGGACUAUCGUUUGUGAUUAUGGUGAUAAUAUUAAGACGUAGUUUUGAAAAAGGAUUUCAAUCAACAAGUUUAAGUUUGGAUACAAAUUAUUUAGAUUGGAAUAAUUCAUUUCCAGCCGUAUCAAUAUGUUUGGGUAAAGGCAGAUCGACAUCGCCAUUUAAACAAUUUUUUGGUGACAGUUUUGUUCGUCUUGAUGGUUCAAAAUCAAAACUUAGUAUAAGACAUUUUCGAGUGCUUCAAAGUAUUUUAUUUUUGAACUAUGAUCAUCCAAUGGAUAGUAUUUCUCUUGAUAGAUGCUUUGAUAUGAACGAUACUUGUGGUGUAGACAUGAAAUUAAUUCAAAAUCAUUUCUUACCGAAAUUAUGUCAUGAAUUUAUGGAUUCAGUUUAUUUCCUGAGUGAUGAAGUUAACUGCUCUGACAUUUUUGAACGUAUCAAUUAUAAGCAUGAAAUUUGUUUUACGACUAACAGCCUUUAUUCAAAAACUUACAAUAGUCAAGAGAAUUAUGAAGACUUUGGUAGCUUACCAUUAAAAUAUUUAAGCAGUGAUCGAAGAGAAAAAUCACUAGAAAUUCAUUUAAAAGAAUCAGACUUUUAUAAAUACAGACUUUUCAUCCAUUCACCUGAAGAGAUGCCACAUGAUGCAGAUCUUUUUGAUAGCAAGAAUGGAAAAUUAAAUGAAUAUUUGAUUAAAACUGUAGAAUUUCAUAAUCGCGAUGAUGUCAAAUUUGAAUCCUUAGAACAACGUGAGUGUCGAUUUCCAUAUGAGCGAAUAGCUCCAUUCAACAUGCCAUUCAACACUAACUUAUGUCGAUUCAUAAAACGUGCAGAAAAUGAAUUAAAAAUAUGUAAUUGCACAUUUCCAUUUGGAUAUUUAAUGAAUCAAAACUUACAAGCAUGCAAUGUCAGUCAAUUUGAAUGCCUGCAAACCCUCAAUGAUAAAGAUUUAAUAUCCAUAAAAUCUAAAAAUUAUGUCAUAGAACAUUUGAGUGACUGCUUGGUUCCAACAUGCAUCAAUAUGGAAAUUGUUAAAAUUGGAAUAACUGAACUUGAAGUAAAAAAUGAUAAAAAUCGCGACAUUACAAUUUUGAAGAUUAAAGUUUUGGAUCCAACGCUUAGGUACAUCAGACGUGUUGUUAUGGACAGAUUGGAUCUUAUUGGUGAGCAGAGGUAUCCUGAGUCUAAUCAGUAA